AUGCGGUUGGCUCUGCUUGCCAUUUUUGGCAGUCUUGUGCUACAGGGCUCAUGUCAAUCCGCCAGCGAAACGGCAUCAGAGACGGAUUCGAGUCCAGCCACAUCAACAGGGGGCGACUAUGCAAGUGGCACAUAUGCCGACCAAACAAACACCAUCACCUUCACCGGCACCACUGACUAUGCCACCAUGACGGACUUUUCCAGCAGCGCCAUGGCGACCGCCAACGCCACAGCGUCGUUAUCAUCGGGCUCGAGAAAUUCCACCAUCACCACGAACAGCACCUCCAGCCCGACGGUCACGGUCUUGUCGGGCACUCACAAAACCACGUCGUCCGCGAACAGCACCACGUCUGCGUCACGCAAUGCGACGUCGACGUCGACGUCGACAUCGAUCCUUCCGACCAACACAGUACCAUGCAACGGACAUCCUGAAUUUUGUCAACGCAAAUACAGCAACAUCACGCAGGUUGCCGCCCACAACAGUCCGUUUGUGCGGCCGGGCAACCUCGCAGCAAACCAGGAAUUGGACGUCGAAACGCAACUCAACGAUGGUAUUCGGAUGUUACAAUUCCAAGCUCACAACCUCAACGGGACAAUGUACCUAUGCCAUACGUCGUGCGACCUCCUGAACGCCGGCCCACUCGAGGCGUACUUGACGACGGUGACCAAGUGGCUCCGGGAGCACACGUCGGACGUGGUGACGAUCCUGAUUGGCAACUACGACCUCGUGGACCCGGGCAACUUCACGGGGCCGGUGGUCAACUCGGGGCUCAUCAAGUACGUGUACACGCCGCCAACGAUGCCGAUGCCGCUGGAAUCGUGGCCGACGCUCGCCGACAUGAUUUUCCGGCAGCAGCGCGCCGUGGUCAUGCUCGACUACCAGGCCAACCAGACCGCGAUCCCCUGGCUCCUCGACGAGUUCAGCCAGAUGUGGGAGACGCCCUUUUCCCCGACGGACCGCGACUUCCCCUGCACCGCGCAGCGCCCGCCCGCCCAGGCCCGCGCCACGCGCCAGGAGAGGAUGUACAUGGCCAACCACAACCUGAACCUGGACGUCACCGUCGCCGGCGUCAGCCUGCUCGUGCCCUUUUCCACCCUGCUCAACGAGACCAACGCCGUCGCCGGCUACGGCUCCGCCGGCCGCGCCGUCCACAACUGCACCCAGAUGUGGAACCGGCCCCCGAACUUCCUGCUGGUCGACUACUACAACGUCGGCAGCUUCAACGGGAGCGUGUUCCAGGUCGCCGCCGACGCGAACAACGUCACCUACAACCGCGACUCGUGCUGUGGCACCGCCGGGACGAGUGGCGGCGUUGCCGCGCUCAAAGAUUUGCUCGUCGAUACGAAACUGACCUUGACGCUUUUCGUUGUCGUCAGUGCCGUUUUGUGCUUCUGA